GACCCCAUGCCUGGAAUCCAGAGGUUCCUCUGCCGCUCGGACGCUGCGGCCCGUUCCCGGCUCGGGGCCCGGGGGCUACCUGUGCCCGCGCGCAGGGUUCCGGGGCGGUCAUGCGGUGGGCCCGAGCCCCCUGAGUUUCCGUGCGCGUCCCUUGCCCCCGUGGAACCGGGCCUUUCCGCCAGUGGGGCCGGGGAGCGCCAGGCCGGGGACAUUACUGCUGGGUCCUGGGAGCUGUGGGCGGGUCGCGCUGGGCAUGGGGAGCUGCAGUACAAAAAGGCGUGGGUCCUCAGGGAACUUUGUGAGUGAGCUUUGGGUGGGGGUUGAGGGAAAAGGCCAGGACAGGACACUUCACGAAGGGUCUUGGAGUGUUAAGGAGUUUGGACCGAAGCCGGUAGUAGCAUUGAAGGGUUUAAAUCAAGAGGGUGACAUUUUGUUGUUUUAUUAUCGUGUUUUAGAAGUUCAUUGUAGAAAAAAAGCAUGUAAAGAAAGAGAAGGUAAAACACUCAGAAUCUAUAUUUGUGCAAAUAUGUGCAUAUUAAAACUGUAUUUUUAGAAACUGCUUUUCGAUGCAGCAGUAAAUAUUUUAAUAUCAAUAAUGCUACGUAUUAAUUUUUAAGAGUUGAGUAAUAGUCUGUUUCAUGGGAGGACCACUGUUCGCUCAACAACUGCUCAUUUAUGGACCCUUAUGUUGUAUCUUGUUUUUCAUCCCUGAGGUCAAAGGUAUUGGAGCUCAGUGUCUGUGCACACAUCCUUUUGUUCUCACCAGCACUGAAUAUUUUCUUUCUUGGUUAUCUUUGCUGGUUGAUAUGUGCAAAAUGAUAUCGCUUUGUUCUUAUUUAUAUUUGUUUACUAAUGAGGUUGAACAGUUUGUCAUGUGUAGUGGCUGUGUGUAUCCUUGGUCCUUGCCCUAGAUGUCAGCCUUCUAGUCAUCUGUCUCCUGCUCUCAACAUCAUCGUACUCAUCCAGUUCCCGAACCCAACCUUCCAUUGUCUUCUUUUCACUCCAGAGGCAUCUGGAGCAUUCCUCUCUUUCCGUGGUAAAUCAGCUCCCAUAUCCUUGGCCUCCUCAGCUGCCCACAACCCCAUCUCCACCCCAAGGCCUCCAGUGCUCUUCAUUGGCUCACAGUUUGAUGGUGUCUCAGUUCAUCGCUGCUAGCCUGCAGAGUUAUUCACCUUUACUUUCACUUCACCCCUAUCUCUCAGGCCUCUCCUUGUUUUACUUCUUCCCUCUUACUUCAUCACUUCAGCCACUCUCCUUGCCCAAUUGUCCUGUCCUAGCCUUCUAUCAAAACCCCAGCUCUGGAAGAAUGAGCUGGCUUCCCUCUCCAUGCCUACAACUGAUCUGCUGCUGCAGAAGAAUCACAUACCCAGACCUGGUGACAAGAUGGCUUAUCCUGGGCUUUUUGCCUCUACAUUCAUCAACCUGUGACCACUGCCUUCGGGCACUGGAGAAGGCAGAGGAGAACGCCCAGAGACUGACUGGGAAACCAGGCCAGGUUUUGCCUCACCCUGAGCUGUGCACUGUGCGCAAGGACCUACACCAGAAUUGUCCCCACUGCCAGGUGACGUACUGCAGUACAGAAUGUCUGCUAGCCGCAGCUGAGCAAUACCAUCAGGUCCUGUGCCCAGGCCCCUCCCAGGAUGACCCCCUGCAUCCUCUCAAUAAGCUGCAGGAGGCAUGGAGGAGUGUUCACUACCCCCCUGAGACUGCAAGCAUCAUGUUGAUGGCCCGGAUGGUGGCCACAGUGAAACAGGCUAAGGAUAAGGAUCGUUGGAUCAGGCUCUUCUCCCAGUUCUGUAAUAAAACGGCCAAUGAGGAGGAGGAAAUUGUCCACAAACUCCUGGGGGACAAAUUCAAGGGCCAGCUGGAGCUUCUGCGGAGACUCUUCACAGAGGCCCUUUAUGAGGAAGCACUCAGCCAGUGGUUCACUCCGGAUGGAUUCCGGUCUCUCUUUGCUCUUGUUGGGACCAAUGGCCAGGGAAUUGGGACCAGCUCCCUGAGCCAGUGGGUCCAUGCCUGUGACGCUCUGGAGCUGAAGCCUCAGGACCGUGAGGAGCUGGACGCCUUCAUUGACCAGCUGUACAAGGACAUCGAGGCAGCAACUGGUGAGUUUCUUAACUGUGAAGGAUCUGGCCUCUUUGUGCUGCAGAGCUGCUGCAACCACAGCUGUGUCCCCAAUGCAGAGACCUCCUUCCCAGAAAACAACUUCCUUUUGCAUGUCACCGCCCUGGAGGAUAUUAAGCCAGGAGAGGAAAUCUGCAUCAGCUACUUAGACUGCUGUCAGCGGGAGCGCAGCCGCCACAGCCGCCACAAGAUCCUCAGGGAGAACUAUCUGUUCGUCUGUUCCUGCCCCAAAUGUCUGGCAGAGGCUGAUGAACCCAACAUGACCUCUGAGGAGGAGGACGAUGAAGAGGAUGAGGAAGGAGAGCCGGAAGAUGCUGAGCUGGGGGAUGAGAUGACUGAUGUGUGAUGUCAUCCUGCCUGGAAGUGGUCCUACCCCAGACCCUGCCAGAAGAGGGGGCCUUCCCCCAGAGCAGAGGCUUGGAAGGAACUCCCACUCCUGUUGCCUGCUUUCCCCCCAUGCCAGCUCUGUUUCUUCCAGAGGGUAAGACAGGCUGGACCCUAGGCCCUCCACCUCCUGCCAGACCUCAUGCCCAGGACACUGCUGCUGAGCGGCUCAGGCUCUGCGCUGUCACUGAGCCUCUCAGAAUGGGCCUCCCCCUGAGGUACGGGUGUAAGUGGCUGGAACCAAGGUCAGGGCCUAACAGUGUUUCUUCCCCUUGGCCCCAUGGCCCCACUUACUCAUCCACCUGAGGCUUCACCCUUCUCAACUCACUGUUGGGGUGGGGGCGGGGGGUUGGGUCAUAAAGUGGCAACCUGAGAACAGCCUGACCCCAUUGAAGAAGAGAGGGGGUUAGACACCCUUACCCUCUUCCCCCCUAGCACAGCUGGGAGAGGCAAGAGGGAGGAACUGGGCCUCCGGAGCACCUUCCCUAAGGCUUUCUGCGGGGGACGCCGAGCCAGCAGGAUUGCCUCCCUCUGCUUGCCUCCCCACACCCACCGUUUCAACAUCUGGGUAGUAGAGAGAAUCUCCCCAGACCCCGGAAGCUGUCCUUAUGCCUUGCCUCUCAGGCCCUGGCACAGUGGCUGGCCUCACAGGGUGUGGAAGAGGUCUCUGCCUCCCUUGGGAGGGACAUCUUGACCCCUUCCUCCCACCCUCCUCCCACUGAGGACUCUAGCAGCAUGGAUGAGCUGUGGGGGAUGAAAGGCCUGUGCUCCUUAAUUUAGGAUGUCCUAGAAUCUUCUAGAGCAUGGGUCAGUGAGGGGCUCUCCUAGUCUCAAUCUCCGCCUUUAGGAUCAUUUAGGAACACUGAAGUCUUCCAGAAACCUAGGAGAGCUAGGCUAGAUACUCAGAUUAGCCCUGACUGUGUCCCUCUCCUCCCCAGAUUAGCACUACCCCUUACUCUUGGGUUGGAAGCUGUGGAAAUUAUAACCCAUCACCUGCAAUUCCUUUCUGCCUACCUUUCCUGAGGGGCCUGCCACAAGCCCCUGCUGAGGGAUCCUAGGGAGGGCAGGUGCCGCCCCACAGGCCCUUUCCUGCAUCAUGAGCCAGGUGGAAUCUGCCUGUCUGGCCUAUUGGGUUCUUAAUCCUUCACGGCAGCCAGCACCCCCUCCUCCCCACCUGCCCACUGUUCUCAAUAAAAUAUGAGUGGUGACAGGCCUUUGCAGGAAUGCUUUGUGGAGAAUGGCUUGACAAGCUGCUCCAGGAAGGCAGUAGUCACAUGGGUCGUGCAGAAGUGCAUAGGAUAGAGCAGGUGACGGCAGGAGAUGGGAGCUCCAGCUCCCCAGUUUGGGUUCAUCCCCGGUCUUGCCUAUACUCUGCUGUGCAAAUGUUUCCAAAGUCCAAGAGCAGGGCUCCUCUGAGGUCCAACGUGGAUCCUCAGUACCAGGCUACAAGAUGAGGCUUUUGCUCAGGGACUGAACUACAGCUUCCCAAGUGUUUGAGCAGGAGGCUGUUGUGAUCCAAGAUUAGCAAUCUGAGCACUGGUCCUAAAGGACCUUGGGCAAGUCAUGUAUCCUCU